AUUAACGUCUUACACAUAUUAUUCUUAAGUGCGCACAUGUAAAGAUUGUUAUAUGUUAUUGUAGGAAUUAUUGCAACAUGCAUGCAUGAUUAUGUACAUUCGGGAGCUUUCUAUGUGAAAGAAUAUUAUAAGGGAUUGCUAUAUGAUGGAAUUGUAAAAAUCACGAUCACAUAGGAUACUCACAAUAAUUCAAAUGUGGCAGCUGAUGUUCUGUUGUCGACUGGAAAAAACAUAAUCCGCAAGGCAUCACAUUAACUCGUUUUUCUAAGAAAUACAACAUUAUAAAGAUUCUACAAUUAUUAACAUUCGUGUUCAUUUGAUUAGUGAUACUCAGUGUUCAUGUAGUGACUAAAACAUCGGACAUUUACAGUAUUUUAAAGUGUUCAUCUGUAUAUCCAAGGAUGGCAAGUCAAGCGAAGCGAUGUUUGCAUCAUUGGCCUACAAGAACGAUGUGUGUUUUUCUUCUGAUUCUUCAGGCAGUUUGCAUGAACUGGUAUCUGAUGAGCAACCUCUCCAAUACGUGGGCAGCGAUCUACGGCGCAGAUGCUGUUGUCAUAGCACUAUUUGCUCUUUCUUUUAUGAUGGCCUCGAGAAACAUGAAUAUAGAAAAACAUUCUCAGGGUCUUUCAUUUUCUGAUCUUCAACACUUACCGUUGACAUACAUAGCUUGGCUUGUCUAUACAGUUAUUAUGGACAUUAAGAUCAUUGUCAUAUUUAGUACAUUUUCCACAGAUUUAGACGAAGCUUUUUUCUUCGGACCGAACACAUUGAAAACAACUAUAGCUCUGACAGGAAUUGUGUUUAUAACAUAUUUACCUACAUUAAAUGAUAUACAACAUGGUCACCGGAAAGACAUCAUUAUAACCCUCACAUCGACUGUUGUAUUCGAUAUUCUCGAUGGUGUUGACAAUUUAGAAAACUUGUUUGACAAAGACAUUCGUGACACAUACCCGCCAGGUCUUGACGACGCCAUUAUUGCUGUUUGUUGCAUCAACUUCCUGUUACCCACAGUUCCGUUGUUCACGCUCGCGAAAACAAAGUUCGGCAUAAAGAAACUACCAUUUAAAUUGGAAUUGUUACAUAAAUUUGCUAUAGCUUACCUUAUAAACUUACCUCUGUUUAUUACACGAAUGAUCACGUGGCAUGGUCUAUCUCAAGGUAUUUCCAUUUUCCUCCUGAAGAAUAUAAUGGCGAUGGGUGUUGUGACGUUUGAAGUGUGUGAAAAGCUCGUCUUCUCAAAGAAAAGCCAUGAAAGAAAAGGGUCAGACGAUUCACAUGAAGCAGCCUCUUCUUUGUAGUAUAUAUAUGUAGAACACAUUCUCGUUAAAGUCUGAAUAAAACAGAAAUGUCACUACUAGACAAGAAAGAUCGCCGAAAUUUGUGUUAGAUUUUUGCAUUUGAAUUCUUAGUUGAAGAAGUAACUAAUCUAGUUAUGUUUUAACAUUAUGAAACUAUUAUCGUGCUUAGUAACAAAGAUGGUCACAAAUACAUGAAUAAUCUUAGUAAUUUUCUUGUCAUAUCUUUUAAAGUAUAUAUUCAUAACAGGUAUAGGUAACAAAUAAACACUGAAUUGCCUUAUCAAUAGGUUUUUAAAGAAGUAAUGGAUGUAAACAUUUUAACGUUUGUAUGAUUUUAUAUAUAAUAAAAAAACUCUCUAUUUAGAGUUAUCUGUCCUUGAAUUUUAAAAUGUUGAACGGAUGUUCGUGAUAUUUUUGCGACCAAAGAUAAAAUUAAAAACGCAAACCAAAUUGUAAAAGAAAUGUUAAGCAAACUUAUGUAUAAGAUAUCUGCACGAGAAUGACAUGAAAUUGUAAAUAUAUUUUAAUUGAAAGGCAGAUAAACGAACCCAAUGACCCCUAAUAUUUUCGUUUAAAAUAUCUUAUCUUAUCUUAUUCUAAGACCAUGCAUAAUCUAAAAAAAUAUAUAUUUUCAUCAACUUUAAUCAUCCUUAUAUGUUUACAUAUUACUGUAGCAAACGCCUUUAAAUAAAUAAAUGUUUUAUUAAAUCAUCUGUCAAACUGCUUUUAAUUGUAGUGUAAUGCAAAUAGUCAC